CGCACUGACACUUGACCUCUCUCUUCCGCUUUCUUCCUGCCAAAGGAAAAAUCUCUUAUCCACUUUCUCUCGCUUUCUCCAUCCAAUUUCGCCUCUGGUCUAUCCAGUUUCAUCGGUUGCAGUUAUUUUUUCAGUUUUUUCGAGUCGGUUGUUGCGUUGAUUUCUGGUUUUUGGUGAUAUUUGUAUUGUGGAUUUUGACGAUUUGUUUCCGCGCGGAUUGAACUGUGGCUUUGGCGUUUCUGAUCUCGGCUAUUGAAGAAUUCUGAGGAUCGAAGGUUUGAUUGAGGACCUGAGAUGGCUACUCUACCAGGCCCUGUCAUUUGCCCAGUGAUGAGUGCAAAACAAACUGGAAUGUGUGUGCCUGUUAACUCUCCUCUGCUGAAAGCUAAAUUAGUCAGAAGUGGAUUUCUGGGACUCGCAGGGCUCCGCUGUGGAAAGACUAACUUUGGAUGCCCGCAACAUUUGAGGAGACAUGUAACAGUUGAAUGUAGUUUCAGUUCAUCGUCAGAUGGUAACGGCAGUAAGGCUGGGAAUCCUAGUGAGAAUGAUGCUGAGUAUGUCAAUUCAAGUGUGGUUGAAGCUGUUGAGGUAAGAAGCGGAGCAGAAGGUUUUAUAAUCAAGAUGAGGGACGGUAGGCUUUUGAGAUGCAUUCACAAUAACCCCCCUGGAGGCCACCUGCCGGACUAUGCUCCGCAUCCUGCAAUUGUACUAAAGAUGGAAGAUGGAACCGGUUUUCUUCUCCCAAUAAUAGUUUUGGAAAUGCCUAGUGUGCUGCUGAUGGCUGCUGUCCGCAAUGUCCAAAUUGCUAGACCGACCAUUUAUCAAGUGGUGAAGGAUAUGAUUGACAAAAUGGGCUAUGCUGUUAAGGUUGUACGCGUUACUAGGCGGGUACAUGAGGCGUACUUUGCUGAGUUACUUCUGACCAAGGUGGGCAAUGAACCAGAGUUUGUCAGAAUUGAUUUACGACCGUCAGAUGCUAUUAACAUUGCAGUGAGAUGCAAGGUGCCAAUUCAAGUCAAUAAGUUCCUUGCAUAUGCUGAUGGCAUGAGGGUUGUUGAGGCUCAAAAGAUUCCAGUGAUCAGCUCCUCUUCAAACCUAAUUUUCACUGAACUGGACAGACCAACCGGUGAGCCGUGCAUUGAAACAAAGGAGUUUGAUUUACUCCGUAACAUGCUCAUUGCUGCUAUCGAGGAACGCUACAGAGAUGCAGCAUUAUGGAGGGACAAGCUCAUGAAGCUCCGGGCAAGAAGGAAUUGGGCUUAGAUUUCCUAGUCUGAUGGAAUUCUAGAUGAUACAAACACAGGGAGGGAGGAUUGGUUACUGUACAUAAACGCCGCAGAUGCAUAUAUGUAUGUGUCAUCGGGCAAUCGAUUUCAAGGCACUGGUAUUCUUUCCCCCCUUGGAUAUAAAUGUGCAAUAUAUAGAUAUGAAUGAUAUAUAUAUAUAUAUAUACAUAGCUUUGUAUGUACAUUUGUAUAGAAAACACCAUACCAUGCUCUAUGUUCAAGUAAAUCUCUCAUGCUUAAUUGUUGUUUUUAGUUCCCAAUAAUGAACAACCCCUAAUUGUUGGUUUUUGAAAA